AUGACCAUCAGUAAUUAUCUGGUCUCAGCGUCCUUCGCCUUCUUGGCGUUAUCUGGUACGGUGUCUGCUACUACAGAAGCUUGUUUGCCAACAAAUAAGAGGAAAAAUGGGAUGAACAUUAAUUUCUACGAGUACGCAUUAGGAGACACCUCCACGUACGCAAAUCCUGCGUAUAUGGCCUACGAAUACGCAAAUACAACAAAAAUAGGUUCUGUCACAGGGCAGACAAGUCUUUCCAUCUACUAUAACCCUCCUUGUAGUGGUACUCCUACCUGUUCUGACGACGACUCUUCCAGUUAUCCAUAUCCCACUCAUGUUUGGGAUGUUAUUAAACGUGAGAAUCAGCCCUGUUACAAUGUUGUGCCCUCCAAACGUGACACUACUGAUUGUGAUCCAUAUGCGGCUUAUUGGAGUUCAGAUCUAUUUGGUUUCUAUACCAGUCCAACGAAUAUAACUGUGGAAAUGACGGGUUACUUUCUACCACCAGAAUCUGGUGAUUACACGUUUACGUUUGGUACAGCUGAUGAUUCCGCAGUUCUGUCAGUUGGGGGUGAGGCUGCUUUUAGAUGCUGUGAUCAACAAUCCUCGGUCAAGUCGACUAGUUUCACAGUUGACGGCGUUGGAUCUAUGGGUGGGCCAACUAUAGAGGGUUCAGUGUACAUGUAUGCCGGCUACUACUAUCCAAUUAAAAUUGUUUUUUCGAAUGCAGAUUCUUCUGCUACACUUCCAAUUGAAAUCACUUUUCCAAAUGGUACUUCUAUUUUCAAUGACUUCGAAGGGUAUGUCUACUCAUUUGAGAGCAAUGUGGAUCAAUCUGAUUGUACCAUCACAGAUCCUUCCAGUCAUACAAUUGCUGCGGUCGCAAGGACACGUACAAAGGCAUGGACUGGUACUUACACAACAACACACACCCAAACUUCUCUUUAUACUGGUUUAAACGGUUUGACUACCGAAGAAACAAUUUUUGAAAUCCAAACACCAACUGUUGUUACCUCGUCUUUUAUUUCAUCUACUGAGUCAGCAGUCAGUUCCACAUCGUCUCACAGCGAGAACAGCAGCGUUUCUCCUUCUUCUACUGAGUCAGCAGUCGGUUCCACAUCGUCUCAUACCGAGAACAUCAGCACUUCUCCUUCUUCUACUGAGUCAGCAGUCGGUUCCACAUCGUCUCAUACCGAGAACAGUAGUACUGCAUCUUCCUCUACUGAGUCAACAGUCAGUUCCACAUCGUUUCACAGCGAGAACAGCAGCACUUCUACAUCUUCUACUGAGUCAGCAGUCGGUUCCACAUCGUCUCAUACCGAGAACAGUAGUACUGCAUCUUCCUCUACUGAGUCAACAGUCAGUUCCACAUCGUUUCACAGCGAGAACAGCAGCACUUCUACAUCUUCUUCCAAUCACACCAUUGCUGCAGUUGCAAGAACAAGUACAAAGGCAUGGACUGGUACUUACACAACAACACACACCCAAACUUCUCUUUAUACUGGUUUAAACGGUUUGACUACCGAAGAAACAAUUUUUGAAAUCCAAACACCAACUGUUGUUACCUCGUCUUUUAUUUCAUCUACUGAGUCAGCAGUCAGUUCCACAUCGUUUCACAGCGAGAACAGCAGCACUUCUCCUUCUUCUACUGAGUCAGCAGUCGGUUCCACAUCGUCUCAUAGCGAGAACAGUAGUACUGCAUCUUCCUCUACUGAGUCAACAGUCAGUUCCACAUCGUCUCACAGCGAGAACAGCAGCGUUUCUCCUUCUUCUACUGAGUCAGCAGUCGGUUCCACAUCGUCUCACAGCGAGAACAUCAGCACUUCUCCUUCUUCUACUGAGUCAGCAGUCGGUUCCACAUCGUCUCAUAGCGAGAACAGUAGUACUGCAUCUUCCUCUACUGAGUCAACAGUCAGUUCCACAUCGUCUCACAGCGAGAACAGUAGUACUGCAUCUUCCUCUACUGAGCCAACAGUCAGUUCCACAUCGUCUCACAGCGCGAACAUCAGCACUUCUACAUCUUCUUCCAAUCACACCAUUGCUGCAGUUGCAAGAACAAGUACAAAGGCAUGGACUGGCACUUACACAACAACACACACCCAAACUUCUCUUUAUACUGGUUUAAACGGUUUGACUACCGAAGAAACAAUUUUUGAAAUCCAAACACCAACUGUUGUUACCUCGUCUUUUAUUUCAUCUACUGAGUCAGCAGUCAGUUCCACAUCGUCUCACAGCGAGAACAGCAGCGUUUCUCCUUCUUCUACUGAGUCAGCAGUCGGUUCCACAUCGUCUCACAGCGAGAACAUCAGCACUUCUCCUUCUUCUACUGAGUCAGCAGUCGGUUCCACAUCGUCUCAUACCGAGAACAGUAGUACUGCAUCUUCCUCUACUGAGUCAACAGUCAGUUCCACAUCGUUUCACAGCGAGAACAGCAGCACUUCUACAUCUUCUACUGAGUCAGCAGUCGGUUCCACAUCGUCUCAUACCGAGAACAGUAGUACUGCAUCUUCCUCUACUGAGUCAACAGUCAGUUCCACAUCGUUUCACAGCGAGAACAGCAGCACUUCUACAUCUUCUUCCAAUCACACCAUUGCUGCAGUUGCAAGAACAAGUACAAAGGCAUGGACUGGUACUUACACAACAACACACACCCAAACUUCUCUUUAUACUGGUUUAAACGGUUUGACUACCGAAGAAACAAUUUUUGAAAUCCAAACACCAACCAGUACCGCUUCAUUUAAUGUUUCAUCUGUUUAUGGCUCAAGCGUAUCUACCAGAUCAGCCUCCAAUCCAACCACCAUCACCACCACUAUAACAUCAUCACAGUAUGAGUUUACUAGCUCAUCCUUUUUGGUUACCAUCACAAUUAGCAGCGAGGCCACGUUAUUUACUGAAUCAAUCGCUAGCGGUACAACCGUAACAGAAGUCACUAGUUCAUUUGAUUCACUUAUUGACUCUACCGUUAGUUUCACAACAUCAUCUGCUCAACCUUCAAUCACCAGUUCUAUAUUAUCAUAUAUUGAUAGUAAUACUCCAGUCCAUCAAAGCAAGCAAACUCCUAUCACUAGUUCUACCACUUCAUUUACUGGAUUAACCAAAUAUCUCUCUAAACCGAAUGCUAUUUCAACGCUUGGAUCUCUAAUGGGUACUGAUUCAAUUCCUAGUUCAUCUGCUUGUUCAAAUCAAACUGGCAUCCUCACAUCUUUUAUCACUAGCCUAAAGAAUCAAGAAACUGCCACUGGUUUCUCUUUGGCUUCGUUAAAAACUGGGUCACCUGAUAUUUCUGAGUCAUACAUUUUAUCUUCAAUUAAAUCUAUUGAUUCAAUAACCGAGUCCUCUUACAGUAUAACCGAGUCCUUCGCGCACACAAAGAGUUACGAAACCUUUACAAGUUCCACAUUUACUUUCCCAUCCUCUGAGCCUUCACAAUUCCACAAUUCGUUAUUCUCCUCACCUCGUUCUACUACUAAAAUGAGAACUCGUGUUAACACGUCCUACAAAAAAUCAAUUUUUACUGGUGAUUCAAACUCGUCUGUUUUUACAAACAGAAAUUCCACCCCAACUUCCAGUUCUUUUUCCAAGUCACAAAUAAUUUCUAUCGUCAGCAAUACUUCUGGAUCUUAUCAAGGUCACACAUCCGCUAAAAAUCUGACUUCAUUUAUGAAAACAACUAAAAGGACUACCUUGGUUACUAUAACCUCUUGCAAGUUUGGUACCUGUUCUAAAACUCUUUCUCCUUCUAUUAUUUCUAAAGCCACAACUACAGUUGGAGAUAUAUCGACGGAAUACACCACUUGGUGUCCUGAUAUUUCUACGAAGUCAAAAAAAAAAACGACACUUGUGACUUUGAAAAUGUGCAAUUCAAAUGUUUGUUACGAGACUGCUUCCCCUGCGAUUGUCACUGCAUCCAAGACUACAAUUAAUGGGAUCGCUACUGAAUACACUACAUGGUGUCCUAUCUCCUCUAGUGAAUUAAAAGAACAAACAGCUCAGGUUAAUGUGACUUAUUGCACGUCAAGUAUCUGUUUUAAAACUACUAAUCCUGCCAUAGUUUCUACAGCAUCCACUACCAAGAGUGGUUAUGUUGCAAUAUAUCCUACGCGGAACCCACAAACAGAGAAGAAAGUGAGUACUAGUGGUACCACUAUUGGUAGUGAAAAAUGUACUAAAUCAAAAACAAUAACAAGCGAAAAUAACAUGUCAUCGUUACCAGGACCAGGUUAUAACAAGCAUACAGCUCCCGCAACUAAUGAAAUAUCCCAAAAUAUUAAAGUUUCUUCUGCCUUGGAAGUUGUGUACACUAAAGCUGAGCUAACAAGUAACUUGAAUACCUUUUCUCAACAACUUUCUAGCACAUACACAAGCAGCCUAUUAUUGUCUACCACCGCUUCUCUAGAAAUUUCGAGGUAUGCUGGAAUUGCCAAUAGUCUGUUUUCCAACAGUAUUUUUAGUGUAUUCAUUGCCUCCUUGUUGACGAUCUUUUGCUAA